CCAGCCCCAGCGGACAGCGAAGGGGGGAGGAGAGAGGAGCAAGAAGGAAGGGGGGAGGGUCCCCAGUCCUAGGAUUGAUCUCCAGGACCAGAACUCUUCUUCCAGCGUCUAGGGCCCUGCUCGACCAAAGGCCUUCUCUGCCAUGCAACCUGUCAGUGUCUGGUGGCAGAGUCUGUGGGGGCUGCUGCUGUGCCUGCUGUGCAGCUCGUGCCUGGGAUCUCCAUCCCCGUCCACGGCCCCUGAGAAGAAGGCCGGGAGCCAAGGGCUGCGGUUCCGGCUGGCCGGCUUCCCCAGGAAGCCCUUCGAGGGCCGAGUGGAGAUACAGCGAGCUGGUGAAUGGGGAACCAUCUGUGAUGAUGACUUCACGCUAGAGGCAGCCCAUGUCCUCUGCCGGGAGCUGGGCUUCACAGAGGCCACAGGCUGGACCCAUAGCGCCAAAUAUGGCCCUGGAACAGGCCGCAUCUGGCUGGACAACCUGAGCUGUAGUGGGACUGAGCACAGUGUGGCCGAAUGUGCCUCCAGGGGCUGGGGGAACAGUGACUGUACCCACGAUGAGGAUGCUGGGGUCAUCUGCAAGGACCAGCGCCUCCCUGGCUUCCCUGACUCCAAUGUCAUCGAGGUGGAGCAUCACCUGCAAGUGGAGGAGGUGCGACUUCGACCAGCUGUCGGGCGGGGCAGGCGACCCCUCCCCGUGACUGAGGGACUGGUCGAAGUGAGGCUUUCCGACGGCUGGUUCAAAGUGUGUGACAAAGGCUGGAGUGCCCACAACAGCCACGUGGUCUGCGGGAUGCUGGGCUUCCCCAGUGAAAAGAGGGUCAACACGGCUUUCUACAGAAAGUUGAGGAAGCGAGCGGCCAAAGCCUCGGCCCGACGCCCCAAGCCCCUUGGAAGACCAGUCACCAAGCAUAAAGUCAAAUCCAAACCCCGAGUGGGCAGGGGGCCGACCAAGAGGCUGCUGGCCCAGCGGCAGCAACACUCCUUUGGUCUGCAUGGGGUGACAUGUGUGGGUACAGAGGCCCACCUCUCCCGCUGCUCCUUGGAGUUCUAUCGUGCCAAUGACACCACCAGGUGCCCGGGGGGUGCCCCAGCGGUGGUGAGUUGUGUGCCAGGUCCUGUCUACGCAACGUCCAAUGGCCAGAAGAAGCAACAGCAGUCAAAACCUCAGGGGGAGGCCCGAGUGCGUCUAAAGGGCGGGGCCCACCCUGGAGAGGGCCGGGUGGAAGUCCUGAAAGCCGGCACAUGGGGCACAGUCUGUGAUCGCAAGUGGGACCUACAGGCAGCCAGCGUGGUGUGUCGGGAGCUGGGCUUCGGGAGUGCUCGCGAGGCUCUGCGUGGUGCCCGCAUGGGGCAGGGCAUGGGUGCCAUCCAUCUGAGUGAAGUUCGAUGCUCUGGACAGGAACCCUCCCUCUGGAAGUGCCCCCAUAAGAACAUCACAGCUGAGGACUGCUCCCAUGGCCAGGAUGCUGGAGUCCGAUGCAACCUGCCCUACACUGGGGUGGAGACCAGGAUCCGACUCAGUGGGGGCCGCAGCCGACAUGAAGGGCGAGUUGAGGUGCAAAUAGGGGGACCUGGGCCCCUUCGCUGGGGCCUCAUCUGUGGGGAUGACUGGGGGACACUGGAGGCCAUGGUGGUCUGUAGGCAACUUGGACUGGGCUAUGCCAACCAUGGCCUGCAGGAGACCUGGUACUGGGACUCAGGGAAUAUAACAGAGGUAGUAAUGAGUGGAGUACGCUGCAUAGGGACCGAACUGUCCCUAGACCAAUGUGCACAUCAUGGCACCCACAUUGCCUGCAAGAGGACAGACACCCGUUUCACUGCUGGAGUCAUCUGUUCUGAGACCGCAUCAGAUCUGCUGCUGCACUCAGCACUGGUGCAGGAGACCGCCUACAUCGAGGACCGGCCCCUGCACAUGCUGUACUGUGCUGCGGAGGAGAACUGCCUGGCCCACUCAGCCCGCUCAGCCAACUGGCCUUACGGCCACCGCCGCCUACUCCGAUUCUCCUCCCAGAUUCACAACCUGGGACGAGCUGACUUCAGGCCCAAGGCUGGGCGCCACUCUUGGGUGUGGCACGAGUGCCAUGGGCAUUACCACAGUAUGGACAUCUUCACUCACUAUGAUAUCCUGACCCCCAAUGGCACCAAGGUGGCCGAGGGCCACAAAGCUAGUUUCUGUCUAGAAGACACUGAGUGUCAGGAGGAUGUCUCCAAGAGAUAUGAGUGUGCCAACUUUGGAGAGCAGGGCAUCACCGUAGGCUGCUGGGAUCUCUACAGACAUGACAUUGACUGUCAGUGGAUUGACAUCACAGACGUGAAGCCAGGAAACUACAUUCUGCAGGUGGUCAUCAACCCCAAUUUUGAAGUAGCAGAGAGUGACUUCACCAACAAUGCGAUGAAAUGUAACUGCAAAUAUGAUGGACAUCGCAUUUGGGUGCACAACUGCCACAUUGGUGAUGCCUUCAGUGAAGAGGCCAAUAAGAGGUUUGAGCGCUACCCUGGACAGACCAGCAACCAGGUCAUUUAAGAUGCUAAUACGCACCUCUUCAGACCACCACUGGCCCUUAAUGGCAGGGGUCUGAGGCUGCCAUUACCUCAGGAGCUUACCAAGGAACCCCUGCUGUCAGCAAGCCCACUGCACUCAUUCAGUGGGCACUGCAGAUGUGGAACUGUCAAGCAGAAGUUGCCACCCUCUUUCCUAGGCCAGCUGUGCACAUGUGUGACCAAGCAUGGGGGAACCCUGGCUCCCAGGCCCAGCACUGAGCUGAGCUCACCACAAAGAGCAGCCCGAUUAACUGGCCAGAACAACCGACAGCAGCAGCUCAUUUUCUUGAAUAGGGAGGUCAGGAUGGUCAGCUCCAGUAUACCCACUCCUCAGUGAGGGAAGAAUACAGCUUCACCUCGAGCCUUUUUGUGGGAGAGAAGAUCAGCACCCCCCCCUCAUUUUUUACUAUAACAUGUUGCUAGGUAUAAUUUUAUUUUAUAUAAAAAGUGUUUUUGUGAUUCCUCAGAACACAGGGAUUGAUGCUGGUGGUUGGAGGGACCUGCCCCCCACUGGUUCAUUUAAUCCUCUGUCCAGGUGCCCUCACAGCCUAGGCCAGGAAAGCAAGUGGAAAUCAGAGCAGGAGCCUCAUACUCUUGCUGAUCCAUUCACUCUGUGACUUCAGGGGUCACAUAUAAGGUCAGUGUUUCUGUUCCCCGCCGGAUCCGCACUGCCAGCUGGGAUUGGGUUCGAACAGCUUCAUAAAUAUCUUCAGCAUUCUGUACCAGCUGCUCCCCGAUGGCCAAGAUCACAUCACCUGGCCGCAGACCAGCCCUGUGGCAAAAGAUGGACAGAGAGAAAGGAGGGAGUAGAUAGCCCAGUUCAUGGGCACACGUACACCUCAUCCAUCUCCACUUCACAGUGUAGUCUCUCCCUCACCGGUGUGCGGGGGAGUCCAGGAUGACCUUAUGGAUGAGCACGCCAUGCUGAACAUCAGGAAAGCUUGGUUCUCGAAGCUGUAGUUCAGCAAGGAUGCUGAAAGGACACAGAUUACCCUGUUAACCACACCAAGGUGCUCUCCCCAUUUUGGGUUCACCUUCAAUCUCUCAUCAACACACUAAUAAUAACUGUAUGAACAAGGAAUGCACUUGGUACUCCA